AUUCCAUUUAACAAAUAUGCUCUUGAUACAUAAAAAAAACAUAAGAUAGACAUACUAGAGAAAGAGAGUGUAUUGGACAUCCUCACUUCUCCUAAGCUUCCAAGUCACUUCCUUGCAUCAACCUUUCUCUCUUUAAACUUAUAUCUCAUCAAUUCAAUUCAUUCUUAAACUUAACUAUAUCAUCAUAACUUCUCUUGUUCUUUUUCAUAUAUCACUCUUCUUAUACCACAAUCCAAAAGGAUAUACUAUUAAAGACAACAUAAUUUCUAGAACAUAAUAUUCUUCUAGAAGUUUUUUUGAUUAGUGUUGAUCAAUAAAAGUUGUUUGUAAUUGGUAUUGAUUUUGCUUUUCAAAUGGGUUUGAGCUCAAAACAAGUUUCAAGUGAUAAGCAUGGUUGGAAUCAAGAUUUUUUAGAACCAAAAUCUCCUUCAUUGAAGAAACAAGCAUCCAAACUACUACAACAACGACAAGAUGAGGCAUUAAAAUGCCCUAGAUGUGAUUCUACAAACACGAAGUUUUGUUACUACAAUAACUACAACAAAUCACAACCUAGGCAUUUUUGCAAAGUUUGUAAGAGGCAUUGGACUAAAGGUGGGACCCUCCGAAACGUUCCGGUUGGUGGUGGUCGGAAAAAUAAGCGGCUUAAGGCAUCAAAUCUUGAUCCCAAAGCCGCCUCAAAAACCGUAACCACCACCACUACCACCACCACCCCCACUAACAACCUUAAUAAAAUGUUGUUACAAUUAGGUCAACAAAAUCAAUCAAAAUUUAGUCUUCCUCUAGGAGAAUCAUCAAUAAAUGGUUUCCAUGAGGCAUAUUACCAAACCCUAAUCAAAGAACAACCAUCUUCAUUACAAGAAUCCACCAUUACAUUCAACAAGGGUUUAAAUGAUGGGAUUAAUUUGGGUUCAAGUAUUUCUAUUCCUAAUCACAAUGAUCAUCAAAAUGAUGAUCAUUUGCAAUUGCCAUACACAAAUUUGGGUAGUUUUGAUAGUAACCCUAAUAACCCAUGUUCAAUUUCUUCCCCAAAUUUUUACAGUUUUACAGGAAAUCAAGCAAAUGGGGAAACAAUGAUGAAUAGUGAGAUUGAUAUGUCUAACAAUUGGGGUUGGGAUGAAUUUGAUAAAUUUGUGUGUGUUGAAGCUGAUCUUUCCAUGCCAUGGGAUGAAACAGAGAUCAAGCCACAUGGGCCUUAAUUAGAAUAUUAUGCGUAAAAGAUUUAAUGACGCAAAGGUCGGAUUUGAAGAUCCUUUUUUAGUCGAGUAAUUAUUUGACUAUAUUCUUCUUUAUGGGUAUGAGUUGUCGUCAUUCUUUCCUCUCCAGUCUCUAAACAUAAAUUUUUAUGAGCAGGAUACAUUGGUAAUUUUCUAUGAGCAGGAUACACUGGAUAUGAUGAUAGCUAAAAUUUUUAAAAGUUAGAUAUUCUUAGAAUUAUUAUUUUUUUUAUAGUAGAUGAUGAUCAUACUGUAUUUACGUUAGAUUAAUAUGUGUUGAUAUGGAUUUGGGGGGUUUUAUUUAUUUUUAAUUAUUUUGAGGUUAAAUUUUAUGAUGACUUUGGGCUUAUUUUUAAUAAUUUGUUUAUUUAAUUGUUGUAAUGUAAUACAAAUGAGUCAUGACUACUUAAAAUCUGCCUUCAUUUUAUA